AUGGAGCUGUGGAACGACAGGCACCACGUGUGGCUGCGGAGCCGCGGGACCGGCGACUACCUCCACGCCGACAACGACGGGGUGGGCGUCUCCCUCCAGGGCUGCCGCGCGACGCUCAACGCGGCGUGGGCGGUGCACGUCUACCACAACGACCUCGGCAUGUACCUGCUCCUCCACUGCGCCGCCUACGGCACCUACCUCGCCGCCACGGCCAGGCGGGCGCCGCUCGCGCACCGCGGCUUCCGCGUCGUGCAGCGCAACUACGACCAGCCGGAGGUGCAGUCCAUCAUGUGGCAGGUCAUCGGGGCCGGCCCUGGGACCGGGAACGCCGUCCUGCUCCGCAGCGUCGGCGGCCGCUACCUCCGCGCCAACGGCAAGUACCUCCUCGUCAACAACGCCGUCACCGUCGACGACUACGACAACAUCAGCAACAUGAUGCACUGGAUCGUCGAGCCCAUCCCCGCAAGAAUGGGCAUGCCUGCCAUUUCAGAUCGCCCGAUCAAGGUGGGGCGAGAGCAUCUCCCCGGGGACUUCUCCGUGGUCGUUCUGCGACGCACGGUGGAGCCGUUGCGGCUGAUUCGGUUCGUGCUGUCGAACAACGACGGGCUCUACCCCGAGGAGGGCUGGUCGGAGUGCCGUUUCAGGGGGAGGUCCGUGUACCGCCUCAGGAACGACCUGGCCCGCCGCCUUGGCUUCAGCCACGGGCUCUACAUCCUCAUGUGCGUCCGAGCGGGCCGCUACGGGAGGCUCACCCCACUCGUCCAAAACCUGCCCCGCCACCGCCAUGAAGUUACCAUCGAGAUCGUCGUCUUCAUGGAAAGGGCGCUAGAUGCUGCUUGUCUUGAUAUUUUGGAAUUGGAUGUUAAUCUGCUUGUGCUUGAAACAACAUUUGACUGA